AGUGUUAUGUUAAAAUUGAAAGCUGUCGAAUUUUUUGCUAUUCAAGUGGAUGAAAGCACUGAUUCAAGUGGAAAAUCACAGCUACUUGCUUUUAUUCGGUUUAUUGAAAAUGAUGCCAUUGUCGAAGAAUUUUUAUGUUGCAGGGAAUUGCCAGAAACAACAAAAGGACAAGAUAUAUAUGAUGCACUUACCUCAUACUUGAAUCGCUGGGACAUGACAUGGGAAAAGUGUGUUGGAAUAUGCACAGAUGGCUGUCCCUCAAUGACUGCAAGUGUAAAAGGUUUUGUUACACUGGUAAAGCGAUCUCAGCCAAAUAUUUCAACAACUCACUGCUUUCUUCAUCGUGAAGCCCUUGUUACCAAAGCCAUUGGCCCAGAGCUAAAAGAUGUACUUGAUAUGGUGGUCAAGAUAGUCAAUUACUUAAAAUCAAGGCCAGUGAAAUGUCGGCAGUUCACCAAACUUUGUGAAAGCAUGGAUGCUGAACAUGUCAAUCUUCUACUUCAUACUGAAGUCCGAUGGCUCUCUCGAGGACGAGUGUUGUCUCGGUUUUAUGAACUUUCCAGUUCUGCUCAGAAAUCAUCAAGCACAAAUAUCACAUUAAUUUGUAUACUUUUUACAUAAACAAUAAAUUUUG